UGUUGUGAAAUCCCCUUUUUCAGGAUUUUGAACUCAGAAUUAGAGGGUAUUUGGAAAGUUAAAUAUGGGAAAAUAAAAAUUUUGUCAAAUAUUAUAUUUAAGAGUCUAGCUUUUGAGUCCUCAACUGCUUUGCUCAAACAUAGAGAUCGGAAUUUUGAAAAAACCGGGUCCGGGAACCGGGUUCUGAAAGUUGACCGGGAGGAGGAAAAUCCCGUUCCCGGUUUCAUCCCGCUUGCUUCAAAAAAACCGGAAAAAGGACCCGAAAACAAGGAAACGGACUCUUUCCGAUCUCUAGUUCAAUACAUAUUAGAGCCGAUCGAGACCAAUUUCCUUAGUAAAAACUUUCAUGGCCUACUCAAUUAAAAUGAAAACUCAAGCUCAAAAUACCACAAAAGAGACUCAAAAGUUUAGACUCGAAAUUCCUUUUAAAACCACCAAUAUUAAUUUAAACAGGAUAUACUGUAGUGCAGCACCCACUCCAAAAAAUUUCAAAACACAUACCAUUCGAUUUGUCUCGACGAGUUGAGUUGAAUGCCAAACACUCAUCUUCUCAUUCAUUAUU